AACAUGGAAGUCCGCGAAAAAAGCAGCGAAGAGACUAUAUUUAGCGCACCUGCACACUUUAAAUCGUAUGUUUGGAAACACUACGGUUUCUACAAGAAAGACGGGAAGCUGGACAAGACGAACGUCGUUUGCAAAGAAGGUGAUGGGAGACGCCACGGGGAGGAGGACGCGGAGGCGGAGGAGGAGUUCGAGGAGGAGGAAAAUAAAGUGCAGGAGAUGGAAGAAGAGGAGAGAGGUGAGCCAGAGCCUCCAAAGAAGAAGUCAGCCUUGGACCUGUUGCUUGGAACGUUCCUCACUCCUAGAGCACCAGAGAAGACCAUCAGAGAGAGAGCUAAGGAGGAAAUAUCAAAAUACAGGGGGAGGGAUGGGUUAGGUGUCAAUGGUGAUGUGUUGCAGUGGUGGAAAGACCAAGUGGAUCUUCCACUGCUUUCAAAAUUGGCCAGGAGCUAUUUGUCCAUCCCUGCAACAAGUGUCCCCUCUGAACGAGUGUUCAGCACAGCAGGGGACAUUAUAACAGCAGAGCGCAGUCGGCUUCUCCCUGAACAUGUGGACCAACUAAUCUUCCUGAAAAAAAAACCUUAAGAAAAGCCAUAUGAAAUAAAUCACAA